UCCCACCAUGAACUCAAGGACGAGUGUGCUCUGGUUCCCCAUGGAACUGCCAACAAGACCAAUCGCAUUCCUGCCAACCUUUUGGACCAGUUUGAGCGGCAGCUGCCUCUGAAUCGGGAUGGCUACCACACUCUGCAGUACAAACGAACUGCCAUGGAGCACCGCAGUGACAGCCCAGGGAGGAUCCGGCACCUGGUUCAUUCUGUCCAAAAGCUCUUUACCAAGUCCCAUUCACUGGAGGGACCAUCCAAGGGGAAUGUCAAUGGGGGGAAAGCAAGCCCAGAAGAGUCACAGACAAUGAGGUAUGGGAAGCGCAGCAAGAGUAAAGAAAGGCGAUCAGAAGGUAAGCCCAGAUCCAAUGCAUCAGGAUGGUGGAGUUCAGAUGACAACUUGGACAAUGAUGUUUGCAUUUAUCAUGGUCCCAGUGGGGUCAUGACCAUGGGAAGAUGCCCUGAUCGUUCUUCUUCCCAAUACUUUAUGGAAGCCUAUAACACUAUUAGCGAACAUACUGUGAAGUCCUCCAGAAGCAAUAACGAUGUCAAAUGCUCUACCUGUGCAAACCUGCCUGUGAAUUUGGACUCCCAGUUAAUGAAGAAAAGCUCUUGGUCCUCUACAUUAACCGUGAGCAGAGCCCGUGAAGUUUACCAGAAAGCAUCAGUUAACAUGGACCAGACAGUGGUGAAGGCAGAGACGUGUCAACAGGAACGGUCAUGUCAGUACCUCCAGGUUCCUCAAGAUGAAUGGACUGGGUACACCCCACGAGGAAAAGAUGACGAGAUUCCCUGCCGACGAAUGCGUAGUGGCAGUUACAUCAAAGCCAUGGGGGAUGAUGACAGUGGAGACUCAGACACAAGUCCGAAGCCAUCUCCAAAGAUUGCUGCACGGAGAGAGAGCUAUCUCAAGGCCACCCAGCCAUCCCUUACAGAGCUCACCACCCUCAAGUAAGUCCAUGUUUUAC